UUGUGUUCCUUGCAAAACAUAAUAAUAACGACAUAUAUUGUUCUUGUGUGUAUUAAACAAAUAGGAAUGGUCGUGGACAGAUAAUUUAUGGUGUGAAUUUCACUUUUACCCUUUAUUUGGUCAUUUGUGACGCGGUUUAGUGGUUAUCCUAUUUUAAAAUCUCUAUGACAUUUUUACCCGCAAAAAAAAAUCUCUAUCAGAUUUUAUCCUGUGUUUGUACAAAUGUGACACGUUCUACACCUAUUAACAAACUACCUUGAUUCUGACAUGUUGUAUCCACUGUCCGGAGUGAGGCGACAUGUCCACGUGGAAAUCGUAAUUUGUCAAGGCAUUUUCUCCUAGACCUAUUUUCUCCCUGACCCAUUAUCUUGAUUUACCUCUUCCAUACCUGACCUGAACCGAACCAUUUCCCUACUCCCAAAUCGCAAGUUAGGGAUUUGGCAUCGAGGUAGCUUUGAGUGUUGCUUCGUGCGGUCCAUAGGGUCGGGGAUGGCGGGCACGAAGACUCCCGCCCGUUGGCUGUGUGAGGUCAAACACUUCAGAUGAUGGAGGUAAAGGGAUAAAACGGGGUGAGAGGAUGCAGACGGUUGAGUUUGGGAGAAACCGCUUUGGCAAAUUACGCUUUCCACGUGGACAUGCCACGUCAUUCCUAAUAGUGGGUACAACAUGUUAAAAUCGAGAUAUUUUCUUGUAAGGGGUAAAAGUGGUCACAUUUGUACAAAUAGAGGGUACAAUGUGGCACAUUGACCAAACAUGGGGUAAACAAAAAGAAAUUCACUGUAAUUUAUGCCUGAGAUAGGUGUACAUUACUCUUGGAAACUUAGGGCCAAGUUUAAAGUUGGAAAAAUAAACAAAAUUAGAAAUGAGGAAAAAAAAUUAGGAAAACAAUGUUAAGACCAGAAACAGAGAAACCGGCCAAUAUCACAGGCAACAAAAAAUUGGAAAUUCGAGUAAUAUCGGAAAUUCCAUAUAGAUCGGGUAGUACAGCGGAGAGGUAGGAUCUGAGUUGUGAAUCAUCGAGUCGAGUGAAUUCCGCAUCGAACAAUUUUGAAGCUAUGCAUUCUCUACGACGCCUCCCGUUUGCGUACAGAGCGGCAGACAAUUACGGGACAGAGCCAAUUAUGAUAGCCGAACCUGUCGAACAAUUUCAGCUGACACAAAGGCUGCGGAGCACGAAAACACCGGAGGCCGCCGGCUCAAGCAGUGCCACACAGUGAUCAAAACGAACUACCGGCCCAUGCAACAACUGUUUCUUUCGCAAACUUGGAUCACUUGGCCAGUAUAAAAGCACACUUAUCACUGCAAGUCAGCCACACCGAUCUAUUCCUGAUCUCUCUGCGUGGUCACAAACAACAUGGCACUCUUCGCCAUCACGAUCCUGUCCGUCCUGCUCUGCGCCUCUCAACAAGCGCUGGGGGUGAACUACACGUUCAUGAGGGAGGCCAUGUACGCGCCCCCCGUGGCCUACUACGACUACAUCAUCAUCGGCGGGGGCACGGCGGGGUGCCCGCUGGCGGCCACGCUCUCGAGGCGGUACCGCGUGCUGCUGCUGGAGCGCGGGGGAUCCCCCUACGACGACGACCGCGUUCUCAACAUGGCGCACUUCUCGGACGUGCUCUCCGACACCUCGGCCUCGUCGCCGUCGCAGCGGUUCGUGUCCGAGGACGGCGUGAUCAACGCGCGGCCCAGGGUGCUGGGCGGCGGGAGCUGCAUCAACGCGGGCUUCUUCACGCGGGCCGGGGCCGGGUACGCGCGGGCCGUGGGCUGGGAUGCCAGGGAGGUGGUGAGCGCCUACAGGUGGGUGGAGGACGUGGUGGCGUUCCAGCCGGAGCUUGGGCCGUGGCAGGCCGCCGUGCGGAGGGGCUUGCUCGAGACCGGCGUCGUGCCGGACAACGGCUUCACCUACGACCACAUCCCUGGCACCAAGGUCGGGGGCUCCAUCUUCGACCCCGACGGGCGCCGGCACACGGCGGCGGACCUGCUGCGGUACUCCCGCCCCGAAGGGAUCGACGUGCUUCUCCGGGCCAGAGUCGCCAGGAUCUUGUUCAGUUACAAAGGGAGGAAGCCGGUGGCGCGUGGCGUGGCGUUCCGCGACUCGCGGGGCAGGGUUCACGUGGCGUACCUGAACAGAGGGGACGCCAACGAGGUGAUCCUGUCGGCGGGGGCGCUGGGCAGCCCGCAGCUGCUGAUGCUGAGCGGCGUCGGCCCCGCCGACCACCUCCGGUCGUUCGGCAUCGACGUGGUCGUGGACAACCCCGGUGUCGGGCAGGGCAUGUCCGACAACCCCAUGAACGCCAUCUACGUGCCGUCCCCGUCGCCCGUCGAGGUGUCGCUCAUCCAGGUCGUCGGCAUCACCAGGUUCGGCAGCUACAUCGAGGGCGCCAGCGGCUCCGACUGGAGCACCCGCACCGCCGCCGCCAGCGCCCAGAGCUUCGGCAUGUUCUCCCCACAGACGGGCCAGCUCGCGACGGUGCCGCCGAAGCAGCGGACGCCGGAGGCCAUCUCGCGCGCGGUGGAAGCCAUGAGCCGUGUCCCCGACGCGGCGCUCCGGGGCGGGUUCAUCCUGGAGAAGGUCAUGGGCCCGCAGUCCACGGGGAGCCUGGCGCUCCGGAACCUGGACCCGGACGACAACCCGAUCGUCAGGUUCAACUACUUCGCGCACCCGGACGACCUCCGGCGGUGCGUCGCCGGCAUCCAGGCCAUCGAGCGGGUCAUCCGGUCCAGGGCUUUCUCCCGGUUCGCCUACCCGAACUUCGCCUUCCCGGCGAUGCUCAACGUCACGGCGGAGUUCCCCGUGAACCUCGUCAUGCGCGUGCGCGGCGGGAGCGAGCCCGCGGCGCUCGAGCAGUUCUGCAGGGACACCGUCAUGACCAUCUGGCAUUACCACGGCGGCUCCCAGGUCGGAAGAGUCGUCGAUCGCGAAUACCGCGUCCUCGGCAUUGAUGCGCUGCGGGUCAUCGACGGCUCCACGUUCAAUGCCUCGCCCGGGACCAACCCGCAGGCCACCGUCAUGAUGCUCGGCAGGUACAUGGGAGUCAAAAUCGAAAAGGAAAGGAUGAUGGUCGAAGGAUCGGGCUGAAACCUGUAGCCAGUAGCACUGGCCUGUUCUCUACAUACACGCGCUGUUGCAUUUUAUUCUUUUAAGGAUUCUUUUACAGCUCGGCACCCAUCAUUUGGACAUAAAAUUGUAGAAUUUAUUUUGAAUUUCAAAAAACAACUUAUUUGGUUGGCACGGAAUUAGCCACAGGAAUUCAAUCUCAAAUUUCAUGGAA